AUGGCCUAUGAGAUCCCCCAUCUCCUGGCGUUCAAGCUGCUGUUCGUCUACCGGUACCUCCGAUUGAUAGUCAACCUACUAGCAGUAUGGACCUUUCGCCCGAUCCCGCCGCCGGACAGUCCCACCCUGACGUCGCAAGAUGCCACCAUCAUCAUCCCCACGCUGCAGGGCUGCGGCGCCGAGCUGGAGGAGACCAUCCGCACCAUCCUGCUGAACGAGCCGCACCAGAUCAUCCUCGUCACCAUUGACGCCAACGUGGCCGCCGCGCGCCGCAUGCUGGACGCCAUGCCGGCCGCGCGCCCGCGCAUCCAGCUGCUCAGCAUCCCCAAGCCCAACAAGCGCCGCCAGAUGGUGCGCGCCAUCCCCGAGGUGCGCACCGAGAUCACCAUCUUCGUCGACGACGACGUCACCUGGCCCGCCACCGAGCUCAAGUGGGUGCUGGCCCCGUUCGACGCCGACCCGGCGUACGGCGGCGUGGCGACGUGCCAGCGGCUGCGGCGCAGUACGAACAGCAGCAGCAGCAGCAGCAGCGCGGGCGCGCCGCUGCUGUCGGCACAGCGGCUGUGGGACUUCCUGGGCGCGCUGUACCUGGAGCGGCGCAACUUCGACUGCGCGGCGACGACGCACAUGGACGGCGGCAUGCCGUGCCUGUCCGGGCGCACGGUGGCGUACCGGACGCGCAUCCUCCAGGACCGCGCCUUCACCCACGGCUUCACGCACGAGGAGUGGUGGUUCGGGCGCUACGAGCUCAACGCCGACGACGACAACUUCCUCUCGCGCUGGAUGGUCACGCACGGCUGGGAGACGUACUUCCAGUACCACCCCGAGGCCGAGAUCCAGACCACGCUCGAGGACAACCCCAAGUUCCUGAAGCAGUGCGUGCGCUGGUCGCGCAGCAACUGGCGCAGCAACCUGACCUCGCUGUUCCAGGACCAGGUCGUGUGGUUCCGCCAGCCGUGGAGCACGUACGCGGUGUUCCUGACGACGCUCUCGCCGCCGGCCUUCGUGGGCGACCUGUCGCUCGUGCUGCUGCUGUGGAAGGGCGCCGAGACGUGGUCGGCCGACACGCGCGCGCUCGCGCUGCAGGCGCUGCUGCUGUGGAUGCUGGUCAGCAAGUUCAUCAAGCUGCUCGGCCACUUCGUGCGCUACCCGGCCGAUUUCCUGCUGCUGCCCGUCUCCAUCCUGUUUGGGUACCUCCACGGCCUCAUCAAGGUUUACGCCGCCCUGACCCUCAACGUGACGACAUGGGGCUCGCGCGAGGGCGCCGAUGUCAGCGACACCGAUCGCAUGAAGGAGAAGCCCGACUACGAGCUGCUGCCCGCCGCCUACCCGUACUCCAAGGCCCAGCUGCUGGAGUGCCCGAACAAUAAUAAUCACACUAAUACCAACUAA